GGAUAUAUAUACCAGACGAGGGCAAGGCAGUCACAUCCAACCCUCAGACUCCAUCACUGCAAACGUACGGACGGCAAAUGAAGAUGCGAGGUGCUGGUGUCUUGGCCGCGGCGGUGCUGGUGGUGGCGUGGGCCGAAGUCUGCACAGCCUACCCCAGGGACAUGACGGAGAAGGGGCAGGAACAAUUCGCGGUGAAGGAGAUGGCGCCGCACAAGGUGGUCAGCGCCGGAGUCGAUUACGAGGUGCGGGAGUACGAGGCUGCGGCGUGGGCGUGUACUGAGCAGGAGGGGUCCACCCAAAUGAAGGAGAAACUAAUGAAGAUGUUUGUCGCACUCGCUCAAUAUCUUCAGGGUGAAAAUUCCCUCGGUGUUGAUCUGAAGAUGGCCGGCCCCGUCACCACCUACAAGGAGAAGUCCCAAGAAGGCGGUCUGAGGAUGCAGAUGUGCUUCUACGUCCCCAGCGAGCACCAGGCCAACCCGCCCGAGCCCACCGUGGAGGGCGUCACCGUCAUCAGGAAAGGCAAGAUGAAGGUUGCCGCCAGGGCUUUUGUAGCUGUAGAGAAAUCCAUGGAAGAGUGGGAGGCAGGGAAGCUUGCACUACAGAAGGCGCUGACUGAUGAUGGGGUCAAGAAUAUCAACUUUGACAACUAUUAUGGAGCCAUGUACAAACCACCUGGGAUGAAGGAGCGCGUCACGGAGGUCUGGUACGAGAUGAAGGAGUGACUUGUGGAGCACUGAACCCCGACCCCUACCCUGCGAUCCUGACCUCUUGUCUGCACAACCUUCAGUUCCCCAUUUUCUUGACUCAAAGGAAAAUUCUGAAUGAUUCAUCCACAAAAAAUGAAUAAUUGAGCAUCAUGUAUUUCGACGUACAAGUUUCAUGAAUAAAAAUAAUUGUGGCAUUGGUUACUUUCAAUAAAUGAGAUACAAAUUUAA